UCCCUCUCACACAUAUCAAAACUUCACCGGCCUUUUCUCUUGUUUGUACUCAAAAGUAUUCUCCGGAGUCGAUACUAGCUAGUUCUUGUUGUAAUAAUAUAUAAUUAACAUUAAUAAAUUAAUGUGAAGAAGAUAAAAAGAAGAGAGAGAGGGAGAGCUAGGGAGAGAGAGAGGGGGAUAUAUAGAUGAGUGAGGAGGAUACGUAGGUGGAGUGCUGCAUGUGAUGAAUCAGCGGCCGCCGCCUCCUCCCUUCGCGCCUGGGCGCAUCUCCUUCUCGACGGACUUCGCCCUCGACCAGCCUCCUCCUCGGCCGCCGCCGGCCGCGGCCGCCGACUUCGAAUUCGCGGGGGUGGGCAGCCGGCCCAUGAUGGCGGCGGACCAGCUCUUCUUCAAGGGCCGCAUCCUCCCCUUCAAGGACACCCCCGCCGGGGCCCACCCCCACCACGCCGCCGGCAGCAGGGUCACCACCCUGCGCGACGAGCUGCGGGCCCACGACGACGGCGAGCGGCCCGUCAAGGGCUCGGCCCGCUGGAAGGAGCUCCUCGGCCUCCGCAAGCCGCAUUGCUCCUCCGCCAAGAAGAACGCCGGCGCAGGAGGAACGUCGGGGGCGGAGGCCGCGGCGGAGUCACCGCAGUUCCACAGGAGCUAAGUACCGGAAAGAUUGGUGAUGUUGGUGAAACGCAUGGUACUGAACUAGCAAAGGAAGCUGAGAGGGUAGUAGCAAUACGUUUCUCUUUACUUUUCCUCAUCUAAACUUGAAGAAGAUGAUGAUGAUGGUGAUGCUUUUCUUUUUCUUUUUCUCCCUUUUUCUGAAAGCUUGAUGAUGAUGUAAUUGUUGUAAGUUAGCGGAAGAGGAUAGGUUUGUAGGAAUCUGAACUCAAAAAGGCAACUCUUCUUUUUUUUUUUUGUUUCUUGGUAAUUCAAAUGCCCAUUAAUUGGACAAACGCUGUGUGUUGUGUUUGAGAUGGCUUAGUUUAGUACUUUAGUUUAGUUUAGUUUAGUUUAGUUUAGUUUUUUUUUUUUCGGGGGGGGAGUAUUGUGAGAUAAGUUGGUUGAGUGGUAUUAACUCUCUUUCUCUAUCUCUUUUUUCUAUCUCUGUGCAUUGAGGAAGAGUAAUUAAUUUGUAGU